AUGUUUGAAGAGGCUGGGCACAUGAUGGGGCUUUAUAGUGAUCCCUCAGAUCAGAGAUCUCUAUCUUUGGAUGAUACAAGCAGCACUGAGGAAUCACCCGAUCAAACAAGGCUGUCUCUGGUGACAAUUAAUGAUGCAGUUCCAUAUAUAGGACAAAGAUUUCCCAAUCAUGACGCUGCUUAUGAAUUCUAUGCUGAAUUUGUGAAAGGCUGUGGCUUUUCAAUCAGGCGUCACCACACAGAAGGGAAAGCUGGUGUCGGCAAAGGACUUACAAGACGCUAUUUUGUUUGCCAUCGUGCAGGCAACAUUCCUGUCAAAGCUGCUAACGAUAGUAAGCCUCAGAGGAACAGAAAGUCCUCCCGUUGUGGAUGCCAAGCAUAUAUGCGGAUAAGCAAGACAACUGACUUUGGAGUGCCUGAAUGGAGAGUGACUGGUUUUAUGAACCACCAUAAUCAUGAACUUCUAGAGCCAAAUCAAGUACGCUUUCUUCCUGCAUAUCGCAGCAUAUAAGAUGCAGACAGGAGCCGGAUUCUAAUGUUUGCUAAAACAGGAAUUUCAGUGCAGCAAAUGAUGAGGCUUAUGGAGCUAGAGAAGGGUGUGGAACCAGGCUAUUUGCCAUUCACUGAGAAGGAUGUCAGAAAUUUGCUGCAGUCAUUCAGGAAGGUGGAUCCUGAGGAUGAAAGCAUAGACUUGUUGAGAAUGUGUAGAAACAUUAAGGAAAAGGAUCCCAAUUUCAAGUAUGAUUUUUCACUAGAUUCCAACAACAGAUUGGAAAAUAUUGCAUGGUCAUAUGCUUCAUCCAUCCAGUCAUAUGACAUUUUUGGUGAUGCUGUGGUCUUUGAUACAACUCAUCGGUUGACUGCUUUUGACAUGCCACUUGGGAUAUGGGUUGGAGUGAACAACUAUGGUAUGCCAUGCUUCUUCGGUUGUGUUCUUCUUCGAGAGGAAACUUUGAGAUCCUACUCUUGGGCUUUGAAGGUGUUCUUGGCGUUCAUGAAUGGGAAGGCUCCACAAACAGUACUAACUGAUCAAAACAUGUGUCUCAAAGAUGCGAUUAACUUGGAGAUGCCCACGACUAAGCAUGCCCUUUGCAUCUAUCUGGCUUGUCGUAGCAAAGUAUCAUGGUUUAAUGCUGUUUUAGGAGAGCGCUACAACGAGUGGAAGGCUGAGUUUAACCGGCUCUAUAAUUUGGAAUCUGUGGAGGACUUUGAGUUGGGUUGGAGAGACAUGAUGAACUCAUUCGGACUGCAUACAAACAGGCAUAUUGCCAGUCUAUUUGCCUUGAGAUCACUGUGGGCACUGCCAUACCUUAGGAGCCACUUUUUUGCUGGUAUGACCACAACAAGCCACUCAAAGUCAAUCAAUGCUUUUAUCCAACGGUUUCUGAGUGCACAAAGCCGGCUAGCACAUUUUGUGGAAGUGGCUGCUACAGUUUUGACACCAUUUGCGUUCUCUAAGCUUCAAGAACAACUUGUUUUGGCUGCCCAUUAAGCAUCAUUCCAGAUGGAAGAUGGUUUCCCUGUCCGACAUCAUACCAAACUUGAGGGUGGACGGAAAGUUUACUGGGUUCCAAGAGAGGGCAUCGUAAGCUGCAGCUGCCAUCAAUUUGAGUUCUCUGGAAUUCUUUGUCGCCAUGCUCUCCGUGUUCUUUCAACAGGAAAUUGCUUCCAAAUACCAGAAAGAUAUCUGCCACACCGGUGGCGACGAAUCAGUACACCAGCAACAAAAGCUCUUCAGAAUACUCAAAGUGAUCACACUGUGAGGGUUCAGUUAUUGCAGAGUAUGGUUUCUACUCUAGUAACAGAAUCAGCAAAGUCAAGGGAACGUCUUGACAUUGCAACAGAGAACGUUUCAAUCCUUUUAUCGAGGAUAAGAGAACAACCAAUUUGUUCACAACGUAUUAGAGAGUCAUCCUCAAAUCAGAGAUAGAAAUCUCUGAUUAUAGACAGAUAGUUUGAUUACAUGCAGCAUUCUUGUAGAAAUAGGGACAAAAGAGAUAAAAGUGGGGAAACUUGUCUAGCUAGUGUAUAAAGAGUUGGGAGCUGGCUUGAUACCCUUUAUAUGACAUAUUUGCAGAUUAUGAUAUUACUAAAUCUGUGGGAAAAACAUGAAAAAGGCAAUACAUUU